UGGCCCCUCCACAGGGCUGCCUAAUAGGCAAACAGAGUAUAUUGGUUCCUGGGUAAUAAAUUAUUAUCCCAUAUAUAUAUACUAUAACAUAUCCACACUUGGAGUACAAUGAGUAGGACUGGCAUAGGCCUACCCUACCUCCUUGGAGAUACAUGCACUAUGCCCGUUCCCAACUACACUACCAAAAGUAUGUGGACACCAGCUCGUCUAACAUCUCGUUCCAAAAUCAUGGGCAUUAAGAUGGAGUUGUGUCCCACCCUUUUGCUGCUAUAAGAGCCUCCACUAAUCUGGGAAGGCUUUCCACUAGAUGUUGGAAUAUUGCUGCAGGGGACUUGCUUCCAUUCAGCCACAAGAGCAUUAGUGAGGUCGGGCACUAAUGUUGGGCGAUUAGGCCUGGCUCGCAGUCGGCGUUCCAAUUCAUCCCAAAGGUGUUCGACGGGGUUGAGGUCAGGGCUCUGUGCAGGUCAAUCAAGUUCUUCCACACUGAUCUCAACAAACCAUUUCUGUAUGGACCUCGCUUUGUCAUGCUAAAACAGGAAAGGGCCUUCCCCAAACUGUUGCCACAAUUUGGAAGCACAGAAUCGUCUAAAAUGUUAUUGAAUGCUGUAGCGUUAAGAUUUCCCUUCAAUGGAACUAAGGGGCCUAACCUGAACCAUGAAAAACAGCCCUAGACCAUUAUUCUUCCUACACCAAACUUUACAAUUGGCACUAUGCAUUCGGGCAGAUAACAUUAUCUUGGCAUCUGCCAAAUCCAGAUUCAUCCAUCGGACUGCCAGAUGGUGAAGCGUGAUUCAUCACUCCAUAGAACGUGUUUCCACUGCCCCAGAGUCCUAUAGCGGCAGGCUUUACAUCACUCCAGUCGACACUUGGCAUUGCACAUGGUGAUCUUAGGCUUGUGUGCGGCUGCUCGGCCAUGGAAAACCAUUUCAUGAAUCUCCCGAAGAACAGUUUUGUGCUGAUGUUGCUUCCAGAGGCAGUUUGAAACUAGGUAGUGAGCGUUGCAACCGAGGACAGACGAUUUUCAUGUGCUCCACGCUUCAGCAUUCUGCGGUCCAGCUCUGUGAGCUUGUGGGGCCUACCACUUCAUGGCUGAGCAGUUGUUGCUCCUAGACUUCCCCACUUCACAAUAACAACACAUUUAACCAGGGCAGCUCCAGCUGGGCAGAAGUUUGAAGAACUGAGUUGUUGGAAAGGUGGCAUCCUAUGCCGUGCCAUGUUGAAAGUCACUGAGCUCUUCAGUAAGGCCAUUCUACUGCCAAUGUUUGUCUAUGGAGCUUUGCGUUGACACGUGAUUCGUUUGAAAACACACUGACCCACAUACACCGUAAAUAAACACACAAGUGAAGAGGCGUGUGUGUGCAUGUACUUUAGUACAUAGCCUGAACACGUGGGCCGUUGUUUUGCAAUGCUGGCCAGAUAUGUAGCCUACAAUUUCAUGAAAUGGGCAAGAUCCUAUUUGAAGACCAAGUGAGUAGACUACAGAGGCAGAACAUCCAAACCGUGUAGACAGACUAUAGGGAGUCGCAGACGCAGCUGAAAUAACAGUUCCACCAUGGAAAAUAAACAUCCCCUUUGUCCGUCACUCAUAUUGAGCUCAUUUUUGUACGGAAGACGAUUGGCUUGUACUGGGAAUACAGCGUAGCAUUGAUUUAUUUAGAGUAAUCACUCUCAAAUGCUAUUCAAAAAAGAGCCGUGCACGCGUAUUUUCACAUGUGCAGCCCUUUACGACUUACAUAGGAUAAUAUCCCCGUUGACAAAUUGACCACCAUAACAUUUGUAGUAUAAUGCAUCCGCUAAAUAAAUAACUAAUACGCUAAUGGCUUCUGCUAUUUAUGAAACCAUGGACACAGAAAUUCGAUACGUGAGGUAGGAAAGCCAAUUAGAGAAUUCGCGUCCGAAAUAGCCUACUAAUGAGAAGUAACCUAAUGCUACGGUUGUUGUUUUGAACAUUGGGCACUAAAACUGCCACAAGAUCUGCAAUGCCAUUCGCUUCCAUACGCAUUUAAAUUAUAUUCCUACAUUUGUAACGUAAAAGUAGAAUAUAUUCUAGCGGUUGAUCGGUGAGAUCGUGUUUACGUCGAUGCAAAAGCCAUGCUGUCAGAGAUUUUGGCUCUUUCCUCUAAAGUGGGAGGAUCUUUGUGCUUUUGAGUCACGCAGCUGUCAAAGAUAGCUGUCACCCAGUUUCAUGAUCAAACACACAUUGAAUGAGAAAGGUUUCGCCAAGUCGAGCAGCGGAUUUCAGGUAGCUUACUCCUGGUUAAAGUACUACGUCUCGAACAAAUGAAAAAGCCGACGAACGGUUCUACAAACGAAAAUAAAUCAAUGAACAAAACCAUUUGGAAUAUACGUGUGGAAUAUCCCGAGAAAAGGAUUUGCCACUAAAGGAAUAGAAUUCGAGAGAAAAAAAAGGCUACUGCGCUCCUCUCGUGGCCAACGUGAAAAGGGGAUUUUUGACGGACAUGAAGACAAAAAAGGGCAUGAUGACGUUAUCUGGUAGUGAGACGGACGACGAGGACAGCAUGGACGCCCCCCUGGACCUGUCAUCCAGCACAGGAGGUAGCAGUGGGAAGAGGAAGAGGCGCGGGAAUCUACCCAAGGAGUCGGUGCAGAUCCUCAGGGACUGGCUCUACGAGCAUCGCUUCAACGCUUACCCCUCUGAACAGGAGAAAGCCCUGCUCUCAAAGCAGACGCAGCUCUCCACACUACAGGUGUGCAACUGGUUCAUCAACGCGCGCCGUCGGCUCCUCCCGGAGAUGCUGCGGAAAGACGGUAAAGACCCCAACCAGUUCACCAUCUCCCGGAAGGGCCGCAAGGGAGACGACGGGGGCUUCUCUGAAUCCAGCUCCCAGUCACCCAAGCACGCCACGGGCCCCGAGGACAGCUACGACCAGCGGGCACUGCACCCCUCAAGCUUCGAGGCAGGCCUCCCUAGCGUCCUGCAGAAGGCCAUAUCAUCCCCUAAGAUGUCUCCUUCCUCCUCCCCGGGGCCCGCCACCACAGUGCCCCGCCGGCCCUCCGUCAUCCGUCACACCACUGUCAACUCCACUGUGAUGCAGAAGCAGGGCUCCAGCCCUCCCUCCUCCCUCUCCUACUUCCUCUCCAGCAGUAAAACAGACCACAGUAGGGCUGCAGAGCUGCUGCGUUCCACCACAGAGGCUCUGGUGCUCUUCAGAUGCCAGGAGGAAGGGCUGGGAGCCCCGGCAGUGACCACCACCACAGAGGGUAACCUGAGCCCCCAGAGUGGGCUCUUCAAUACCCCUCCCCCCACCCCUCCAGACCUCACCCAGGACUUCAGCGGCUUCCAGCUCCUAGUGGAUGUGGCCCUCAAGCGGGCGGCAGAGAUGGAGCUGCAGGCGAAACAACUGGUGUCUUAAAGAGAAAGUGGAGGGAAGGAUGUUGUCCCUAACGGAACUCCUAGCAUGAGUUUAGUGGCUGCGUAACAAACACAAAAAGCCUGAUUAUUUCUAUUUUUGGUAUACAAAUCAUAAAUGAGGAUUGUUUUUGUACAAAACUGUAUCACGGUGCCUUGGCUGUUAGUUAUUUUUUACUUUGUCAUAUAUGCGUGUAUGUAAGUAUCUGUGUGUCUUUUGCAGACGGGACCAAAAAAAUAUUGACAGACAAAAAAAAAAAAAAACUUUGUCUUAACUUUUUCCUAUGGAUUUUAGUAGAGCAAGCAAGGCAUGAGGGCGUACAAGUGUUCUGCGGAUGAGACAAGAGGGUGGUUCUCUUCUCCUCCACACAGAUCCAAUCCCCUGUGAUAGGAUAUGUAGUUUCCAGAUGUGUUUUUACAUUUCAGAGAUAAGUUUGCGAUGGCUCCCACUCGGAUUUUUCCCACUCGGAUUUUCGCACAAUAGGGCCGAGUCAGGGUCCCCAUCUCAUCUCAGUGUCUUAAAGCAUACUUUGUUCUUGGCAUCGAUGAUUAACGUUAUCACUACUGUAGUAAUAAGUGUUCCGUGUUUUUUUUUUUCAUGAUAAGGUCAUAGUUUUCUUAUCCUUCAUUUGAUAUUUUAAAAGAAAGUAAACCUCUUUUUGGUUUUGAUAAAGCGGUUUCCUAUACCCGAGGGAUCAUUCAGAUGAACAAUGUAGCAGGUUCCUAGUCCGAGCCUUCCUCCUCACUGCGUGGCUACCCCAAAUGGCACCCUAUUCCCGAUUUAUAGUGCACUAUAUCGGGAAUAGGGUACAAUUUGGGACACGCCACGUGUAGCGACGGCCAGUGAAUUUCAAUUGUAAGAAAAACACUAAGAUUUAGUUUUCAUUUGUGAUGUCACCAGCAGCGGGAACAGAGCAUUUUCUAAAUCACCAAAAAGCGUUUUAUGUACAAAAAAAGGACCAUGUUUAUGUAUAGCUAAUAUGACACAAUGCCCAAUGAUGUGAUUUCUUUUCAUACUGUGCAAUGUUUGUGGCAAAUAGGGGUCACAUAUGGGAUUUAAAUAAAGUUUUGUUUUCUA